CCGGUGGGGCUGGAGCAGCUGCGCAGGCUCGGCGUGCUCUACUGGAAGCUGGACGCCGACAAGUACGAGAACGACCCGGAGUUAGAAAAGAUUCGGAGGGAGAGAAACUACUCGUGGAUGGACAUCAUCACUAUCACCAGGGACAAGCUCCCCAACUACGAGGAAAAGAUUAAGAUGUUCUAUGAGGAGCACCUGCACCUGGACGACGAGAUCCGCUACAUCCUGGACGGCAGUGGGUACUUCGACGUGAGGGACGCCGAGGACAAGUGGAUCCGCAUUGCCAUGGAGAAAGGGGACAUGAUAACGCUGCCCGCGGGGAUCUACCACCGCUUCACGGUGGACGAGAAGGUAGGAGCGCCGGCUCGUCUUCAGGUCUGGACUCCCGACGCGGCCCCGGCCGUGGUGUCGGCCACCCGUGCUGCCUGACAGUGACGGGGACAGACCCUGUGCGUCCCGGCUCUGGGCUUCAGAGACAGAUCACCUGGAGCCAUGGCUGGGACGCCGGGGUGACAGCUGUUUGCUUCAUGGCAGCGUCAGCAGCCUCACCACUGUACCGCUGUUCUCGCGGUAACGCGCCCGCCUUGGCCAGACGGAGAGACAGAGGCCCCGCUGCUGCGCUCAGAGAAAUUCCAGCCGCACUUUGCGUCACUUCUGGGGCCACGUUGCGAGGCACCUGUCGGGUUGUCACUGUGUCACUUUUCAGAGCGUUUCCGUUUAGAAUUUAGCAGCAGUUGCAGUCAGUAGGACUGUCAAUAAAAACAGAAAUAGGGUAGUUCUUGGGUUCUCUGGGUGUGAUUUGGACUAAACCUGGGAUUUUAGUGUCAUUUUGGAGUAGACAAUAAGUGCACAUGGUUUAAAAUCCAGAAUUGCGAAAGGGUGUACAGUGAAAAGUUCCCCAGCCCCCCAGUUUCUCUCCCUGAAGGCGACAGCAGUAUGUUUUUAGAAGUGUUUUCUAGAGACUUUCUGCAUAGUCAGGAGAACGUGAAUCGGUGUGUUUCUGUCCUCCUCCUCACGCAGGGGCAGCAGACCACGCACGGCGCAUUUUACUUUGUUCUUCACGCUGUGCUUUGGGGCUCAUUUCUGUCCCAAAGUAAGGAGCCCCUCUCCGGGUGUAGCUGCGCAGUGCUCCUUGUCAGCUGCACGCCGGUUUAUUUCAGUUUAUUAUUUUUUUGAGACAGAGUCUCACUCCGUUGCCCAGGCUAGAGUGAGUGCCGUGGC